ACGUUAAAGAUACAUUGAGCUAAAAUGAGCGGAAGAGGAAAAACCGGUGGCAAAGCAAGAGCAAAGGCAAAGACCCGAUCUUCUCGUGCUGGACUUCAGUUUCCAGUCGGUCGUGUCCACAGGCUUCUACGCAAAGGCAACUAUGGUGAACGUGUAGGCGCUGGAGCUCCUGUGUACCUUGCCGCUGUUCUCGAAUAUCUGACUGCAGAGAUUCUGGAAUUGGCCGGCAACGCCGCCCGCGACAACAAGAAAACCAGGAUCAUCCCCCGUCAUCUGCAGCUAGCUGUCCGCAACGAUGAGGAGCUCAACAAACUCCUGGGCGGAGUGACCAUCGCUCAGGGCGGCGUGCUGCCCAACAUCCAGGCGGUUCUUCUGCCAAAGAAGACCGAAAAGGCUGCCAAGUCUAAGUAAACGUCCCGAAAUUACUUUAACCCAAACGGCUCUUUUAAGAGCCACACACUUCCAUCUGAGAGAUCAAUGCUCUAUUACAGUGGUAAAAUCGUUAAGGAUCUGGACAGAAAAUGGCACAAAAUCUAGCCAAAUCGAUACAAAAAAGUGUUUAAAAUGUCCACAAAGAUGUGCUACCGUCUUUGUAAACGGUUUUUAGGGAAUUAUCUUAUAAAGCUCCCUACGUUAUGUGGACCAAAUAACACAAAAAUGUAUUGUCGCACAUGCACUUUGAUCAAUUCUCAACGUUAUAAAAAUUUUAUGACAGCAGUCCCAUUUGACGUGGUUCACAAUACAUGUAACUUUCCGAAUGUUUCUCGUCUUUCAAAUUUUGUUGAAUUUUUAUAAUUUACACACAAAAAUAUGUGGCGCACAUGUCUCUGACAAAUAUUCCACCAAAUUUAGACAAACGACCUAAUUUAUUUCUGAAACUGACCAAAUUAUCAAAAUGAAGACCAGAAACCCUUCAAAAUUUAAAGCAACGCUAGGGAACUUUUCAACCUUUCACAAAACAUUUGUGAUGUCAGCAGUAGUGAUGGGCGAUACCAGUGAUUUUGGAUUCGAUCCGAUACCAAGUAAUACCAAGGCCAAAUAUUGCGAUCCCGAUCCGAU